GGUAUCAACUUGACAGAUCCCAUGUUCAGAGGAAUUUAUAGAGGGGUUCAAAAACAUCCAGAUGACUUUCAGGCUAUAGUAGAGAGAGCUGUACAGAUGGGUGUUAAAAAGUUUAUGAUUACAGGUGGGAGUCUACAAGACAGUAAAGAUGCACUGCAUUUGGCACAAACAAAUGAUAUGUUCUUCAGUACCGUUGGAUGUCAUCCAACAAGAUGUGGUGAAUUUGAAAAGAACAACCCUGACCUAUAUUUGAAGGAGUUACUAAAUCUCGCUGAGAACAACAAGGGGAAAGUUGUAGCAAUAGGGGAAUGUGGACUUGAUUUCGACCGACUGCAGUUUUGUCCCAAAGAGACUCAGCUCAAGUAUUUUGAAAAACAGUUUGAACUGUCAGAACAAACAAAAUUGCCAAUGUUUCUUCAUUGUCGAAACUCACAUGCUGAAUUUCUGGACAUAAUGAAAAGAAAUAGAGACCGAUGCGUAGGGGGAGUGGUGCAUUCAUUCGACGGGACCAAGGAAGCGGCCAUCACCCUGCUUGACCUGGAUCUGUACAUAGGGGUCAACGGUUGUUCACUGAAAACUGAGGCUAACUUAGAAGUUUUGAAGUCAAUACCUAGUGAAAAAUUAAUGAUUGAGACUGAUGCCCCAUGGUGUGGAGUCAAAGGCACGCAUGCAGGAUCAAAAUACAUAAAAACGUCCUUCCCAACCAAGAAGAAGUGGGAAAGUGGGCACUGCCUGAAAGACAGAAAUGAGCCUUGCCAUAUAAUCCAAAUACUGGAGAUAAUGUCAGCAGUAAGAGAUGAAGACCCUCUGGAAUUAGCCAAUACUCUCUAUAACAACACCAUUAAAGUAUUUUUCCCUGAUAUGUAAUUGCAUUAUCAUCCAUUUUCAAUCAUGUAUGCAAAACUU